UCUUUCUUGGACAAUGUUUUGUUUCCCGUCGCCAUGUAACGAAGUCUGGGGGGGAUCGAACAAGUUCCUAACGAGUACAACCGGUAAACGCUCGUCCAUCAACCAUGGGUGCAACAUAGAUAGAUCUAGUUGUUUUCAGUUACAAGUCAACAAGGGAAAAUAAUAUUCACGUUGUGAAAGAGUCGCCUCCAACAGACAAGAUGUCAUUACCUUUUACUGAGCGAUAUAGCUCUAUCAAGAAUCGAUUGGGUGCCACAUACUCUUCUGCAAAACAAUUUGAGGCGGAUUCCUAUCACAUUCUUGACAUUGAGAUUGAUGAGAAUGGUGUAGAGACGUGCCAAACCGGUCUUUGUGAGCUCAAUAACUCCCAGAUUGCCUUGCUCAAGUACCAUGAGAUACCAGAUUUUCUUAAGGGAAAUCCUUAUGUUGUUCAUGGCUACAGAUCAAUGUUGCCAUUCUCCUUGUGUAUGAAGAGCUUGUUGUUUUGGUCUAACGAGACUCUGAACAUCUGGUCCCACCUGGGCGGGUUCUUCAUCUUCCUGUUGCUGCUGCUGUGGGACAACCUGAUCACGUUGCCCCGCCUCGGGGGUUCCUUCUCUGAUCACCUCAUCAUGACCAUCGGGCUCGUCUGCUUUAUGUUCUGCAUGCUGUGCUCCACGGGCUUCCACAUAUUCUGCUGUCACUCAGAGCGCGCCAGUCGUCGCUGGCUGGCCGUGGACAUGACGGGUGUCUCUAUAGGCAUCAUCGGCUGCUACCUGCCGGCCGUGCAUUACGCCUUCUACUGUCUGUCUAUAUGGCGGGAUGUCUACAUGUUUGUUAUCACUAUAUUGUCUGCGUGCACCUUGGGAUUUCAACUUCACCCCAGAUUUUUUACUCAUGCGUGGUUCUACCCAAGAAUGGCCGUCUACGUUGGUUUAGUGGCAUAUGGCAUCAUUCCUACUGUUCACUGGAUUGUUUUGAAUGGGGGAAUGUCUUCUGUGCUUGUCAAGCUGUUUAUCCCCAAGGUGACCAUGAUGUACUUGCUGGGAGGUCUGGCCUUCAGUUUUUACAUCACUCAGUUUCCCGAGAGGAUGUUUCCUG